AUGUCGCUGUUCCAGGACAGCCAUGCCCGGCCUCGCCUGCCCUCACCCCAGCCUACCCUCGCCCGCAUGUCCACCGCCAUCAACAUUCCCAAUGCGAGGUCCAGUCCAGCCUUGACGGCCUCGUACCUCAAUGGCUCCCUCCAAUCCACCCCCGAAGGCAUUGUCCCCAUGUCGGCCUCGCUGCCUGCCAUUCCCUCGUACCACCUACCGGAACCCAUCUUUCCUCCCCCCUCGCUGGCCGGCCCAACCUCCUCCCCGUCAACCAAGGCAGAGGCUUUGGGAAAGGGCCCAGGUCUGAUCCGACGGGUGAGCCGGGGUGCCCAGCGCCUCCGCAGGGGCAAUAACACCUCGGCCCAGCGCGACAAGAGUUCGGGACCCGUCAUUAUGCGCCGACGAAGCGACAGCAGGACUGCCGCCGACGGCGAAAGUGGCCUUUCUGAUUUCGAUGCCUUUGAGGAGGAGGAUGCUGUCGAAGACCCCUACGAGGCUGUCCAGGGCCUGGGAAUAUCACAUACCAUGCCCAUGAUCAGCUCCAUACCCGACUCGGCCGUCAUUGCCCCGGUUCGCAACUCACGGCUCGAAAAGGGCACCGUGUUGAAGAAAGUGACGAAGAAGACGAAGAAGGAGAUCAACCUACGGCUGGAUCUGGAAUCAGCCAAAGUAUUCUGGGACCCCUCACGUCCCUCCAAAGCCUUUUACAUCGAUGAUGUCAAGGAAAUCCGCUCAGGCCCCGAGGCAAAGCACUACCGUGAAGAAUGCGGGCUCUCGGAGGCUUGGGCACCCUACUGGUUUACCAUUGUCUAUACAGACACGACUCGCUCCAAAGGCCGCCUCAGAACCAUGCAUUUGAUUGCACCCGACGUUGGUGUCCUCAACAUGUGGACCAGAACCCUAGACUCGGUCUCACGCAACCGCAUCGACAUGAUGGCCGGCCUGUUGGGUUUUGCCGACAAGAGUGCAAGACUGGUCUGGCAGCGUGCCAUGAAGAAGCGGGAUGCUGGCGAGGAAUCGUUGGAUUUCCAGAGCAUUGUCGAGCUUUGCCGCAAUCUGCACAUCAACUGCUCAGAAGCCACGAUUCGCUUCUACUUCAAUGAUGCAGACAAGCCAGCUGCUGGUAAACUAAACCAACCGCAAUUUUUGUCCUUUGUGAGACGCCUCAAGGAGCGCACAGAUAUCAAGGAUGAGAUUUGGAAUCUAUACGUCCCAAAACCACAGCAAGAGAUGGACCAGGCCACUUUCUUCCGCUUCUUGCAACAAGAGCAGGGGGUCGACGUGAGCUCCAAUUUGGACCAUUGGGCAUCUACAUUCGAAAAGUUUGCUCGCGCCACGAGACCUAGAGCCACUCCGACUGAGGAGGGUCAGAGUCAGAUUCCGCUCCCAAUUACGAUGAAUUUUCCGGCUUUCCAAACCUACCUCACCUCGGGAGCCAACUCCAUACUCAAGCCCGUCGUCUCUCAGCAGAAGCUCGACAGACCACUGAACGAGUACUACAUUUCUAGCUCACACAACACCUACCUGCUUGGCCGCCAAGUGGCUGGGGAGUCGAGCACAGAAGCUUACAUCAGCGCCCUUCAAAAGGGUUGCCGCUGUCUUGAGAUUGACUGCUGGGACGGUGCAGACAACACUCCUGUUGUGAUGCAUGGCCGAACGCUCACGAAAAGCAUCCUGUUUCAAGAUACAAUCAAGGUCAUCAACAAGUAUGCCUUCACCGAGUCGCCGUACCCAGUCAUCCUCUCCCUGGAGGUCCAUUGCUCCGCGGUCCAACAAACGAACAUGGUCAAGAUCAUGCUAGCCGAAUUCGGCGACAAAUUGGUGCUCCAGCCUCUAGACUCUGCAUUGCAAACGCUUCCGACCCCAGAGGAGCUAAAGCACAGGAUCCUCAUCAAGGUCAAGGCAGCCGCCGGUGAGGAAUUGGAUACCCGAGCUUUGAUGAAUGAGCUGUCUACACGCAGAGCUCGUAGUUUCAGUUCGCCGUGGUCUCGUCCUGUCGUGUUGAACGACAGCAUCAUCCCGAACUCGCCUCUUCUAUCAAGCCCACCGUCCAUGAGCCCGCCAGAGCGGACAACCUCGUUUUGGGCUUCACCCCGCACCUCGAACCACACACUACCAACUUCUGCCAUUGUCAGCUCAGCAGAAGAUAGUGACAGUCCUAAUGUGACUGCGGCGGAAACAAUGGAUGAUCGGCGAAAGCAGAAGAAAAAGACGAGCAACAUCACCCGGGAGCUUGGCAAUCUGGGUGUGUACACACGAGGUGUCAAGUUUUCCGACUUUAGCAGCAAUGACGCAAACACGUUUAAUCACGUCUUCUCCAUCAACGAGCGUGCCUUUGAAAAGUUGACCAAGCCUGGUGCGCGCGAGAAGCAUUUGCUCGAAGACCACAACAUGCGUUGUCUCAUGCGCGUGUACCCACAUGCGUUCCGCAUCAACUCGUCGAAUUUUGACCCACUCAAGUUUUGGCGACGCGGUGUCCAGAUGGCUGCUCUCAAUUGGCAGACGUACGAUCUCGGACAGCAGCUGAAUGAAGCCAUGUUUGCAGGCGGAGACGACCGCACUGGCUAUGUGCUCAAGCCUGCUGCCCUUCGGCUCGAGGCGCAAACACCCGCACUUGGUCACAGGAAGGCCCCGAAGAAGCAGGUCAAGUUCACGGUCAAGAUCAUCUCUGCUCAACAGUUGCCACGCCCUCGCGGGCUCGGUCAAGAAGCCAACAUCAAUCCCUACGUAGAGUUCGAGAUGUACUGCGCCGAAGACAUGGGCGCCAACGCCACCGGUUUCGGCGGACAAGAUGCUUCUGCACGCAAUGGCCACUCUGGCAUUGGUAAUCCACUCCGAAAGCGAACCCGCAUCGUCGAGGGCAAUGGCUACAACCCUGUAUUCGGCAACGAAAUCGACAUGACGGUCACCACGAGGUAUCCCAGCCUCGUCUUUGUGCGCUGGACCGUGUGGAAUUCGCUCGAUGCCCGCACCACCAAUCAUGCACCUCUGGCCACUUUUACCGCAAAGCUCGACAGCGUCCAGCAGGGAUUUCGUCAUCUACCCCUCUUUGACAGCAAUGGCGAGCAGUACCUCUUUUCGACACUAUUCUGCAAGAUCAAGAAGCAGGACAUUGUCGAUGCACCCGAAGCAACGUCAACCCGCUCUAGCUCUCGCCGGCCAUCCCUCGAAGGUGCCAGCUCGCUCCAGGAAUCCAUCAAUGGCAACAAGUCCAGUCGCAGCUUCGUCAGACGACUUAUCAGCAGAGCUCCCAGCGAGCGCAAGAAGCGCAUGGAUGAACGCAUGGGCAGCGACUCUCGCGAGUCAGAUCUGGAUCACAUCAGUCGUGCGAGCACGUUCAGUGAUCCUUGA